CUCUCGGAUAUUUUCUCCUCGCCUUUCUUGUAUGUUUUAAAUACGUCCGCUUCAACUACCUAACAAACUCAGAAAACAAUCUCCAUCUCCCGCCCUCUUUCUUCUUCUCCUCUUUCUACUUCCCAUCUACAGUCCGACGAGAGCUUGGUUCUUCUCACGGUCCGUCACACCUCCAACACAACUCAGACUGAAACUUAUGAACUGAGUUUCUCCCGGUCGUCAUGGAUCUUAAUCAACGGCCGGGAUCUUACUAUAACGUGCUCAGCGUCGACAGGAAUUCUUCCGUCUCGGAAAUACGGAGCGCUUACCGCAAGCUUGCGAUGAAAUGGCAUCCGGAUAGAUGGACGACAAUGCCCUCGUUCAUAGAGGAGGCGAAGCGGAGAUUCCAGCAAAUUAAAGAGGCUUAUGAGGUUUUAUCGGAUGAGAGGAAAAGGAGAGUGUACGAUGCGGGUCUAUAUAAUCCAGAUGAAGAAGAAGACGAGGGAUUCUCUGAUUUUGUUGAAGAAAUGGUUUCGCUCAUGGCCGCUGUAAGGAGAGAGGGAAUCGGGACCGUUGAAAAGGAGAAGAGUUAUAGCUUACCGGAGCUACAACAUAUGCUGAUGGAAAUGGCGCGCGGCUGGGAUUCUCCCACGUGGAACUACAGAGGGAAUUCUAGAGGCUCGAAGCGAGCCCGACAAGACGCAGAUGCGGCGGUCCGUAGGAAACCGCAGUUCAACGUCGCCGGCAAUACUCGUGUCCACGUGUCAAAUUAUGAGAUGUUUGGAAGCUGAAGCGGAUUGGUUGCUGUACCACACAUCAGCUUUGUUGCU